UCCCGUCCCUCCCGGCGCGGCGCGGAGCACAGCGGGGCGAUGUGGCGGUGGCGGUAUGUCAGCGGCCGGCAGCUGGAUGGCUUCCGCCAGUACAAGUACAAUGCUGUGGAUACAAAUCCUUUAUCUGUGUAUAUUAUGCAGCCCAUCUGGAACAAAAUUAUUAAGAUAGUGCCUUUGUGGAUCGCCCCCAAUGUGUUAACAUUCUCUGGAUUUGUCAUGAUUUUAGUAAAUUAUUUUCUAAUAUCUUCCUAUGACUGGGACUACACUGCCUCAGGUACCAGUCCUGGACUUGUUCCCACCUGGGUGUGGCUGUUCAGUGCUUUUACCACCUUUUGUGCUUAUGCUUUAGAUUCCAUAGAUGGGAAACAUGCUCGAAGGACUCAAUCCAGUACUCCUCUGGGAGAAUUAUUUGACCACGGGCUGGAUAGCUGGGCUACCUCCAUUUUUGUGCUUUCGUUUUUUUCUGUCUGUUCCCGGGACAAUGGGAGGAGUGGAAUUUCUGUAUAUACAAUGUAUAUAUAUUUAAGCAUUGUCUUGUUUAACUUUAUGUGUUCACACUGGGAGAAAUAUAACACAGGAGUUCUUUUCCUUCCUUGGGGAUAUGACAUAAGCCAAGUGGUAUUAAUAGCAGCAUAUCUGCUCACAGGUUCUGUUGGCGUGGAAGUCUGGCACAAGCCUCUUCUCUUUGGUUUUUACAUUACAGACGCAUUAGUAAUCUUACUUAUAGGUUUCAGUUUAUUUCUUUCAUUUCCACAAACACUAUACAACAUUUACAGAGCACAUUUGAAGAAAACACUGAGGAAUAACUCGUUGUAUGAAGGACUCCUACCUCUUGUGUCACCUCUGUUGCUGUUCAUGCUUCUUACAGUCUGGGUGGCUUUAUCUCCAGUCGACAUAUUAGCAAAGCAACCAAGAUUGUUUUUAUGGAUGGUUGGGGUUGCUUUCUCAAACGUUAUUUGCAAGGUGAUCAUCUGCCAGAUGAGCAGCACCCAGCCGGAGCUUUUCCACUGGUUCCUUUUCCCGCUGGCACUGGUGGUCUAUGCAGCCAUCUCCGGGCUGCUGGGCUGGAUGGAAGAAGCCGUGCUCGCUGUGUUCACUGUGCUGAUCACGGCUGCCCAUGUGCACUAUGGGGUCUGUGUGGGCAGGCAGCUGAGUGAGCACUUGAAUAUUUACAUCUUUUCCCUGAAGAAACGUGUCCAGGAGUGAGCACCUGCACUACGAUCAGACUGUAAUACUUGACACGGAGAUUUGCAACUCUUCUGAUGUGAUACAUAGUUGGAAUUAAUCUGAUUAAAAUAACCAAAGAAUAGAUCAUCCGGGUAUCUGAACCACUGCGACAAUGAGCUAUGCAGCAAGAUGCUUCAUCUCAGAGGAAGGUUCCUGUCCAGCAGAGAAGUGUUUACCAAGUUCUUCUGCUCUAAUAUUCUCUUCAGCAAUGUUAUGUUACUGCCCUCUCUGAAGCUUUUGUCUUCCUCCUCCUUGCCACUGCGUCCAAAGUCCUGGGUAAAUCCAUGUCAGGUUCCAUGAGAUCCUCGAUGGUUUAUAACCAGCACUGUUUUUUCCCAGCGUAGUCACCAGUGGGACCCUGCCAAUGCAAAUCCUCCCUGGAUGUCCUUCCCACUCAGACAUCUGUGCCUGCUUCAUUUUCCAUAUUUAUUUUCUCACAACUCAUUUAUUCCAUACAACCUCCUGAAGGGCUUACACACAUUCAGGCUUUCCCUCACCUCAGAUGAAGGUGUGAAGAAAAGAGAAUGAGAUCAGAAAACUAUGGGUGCAGUAAAGUGUUUUUAAAACCUAUGGGAUUUUUCUUCCCCAGCAUUAAGAUGAACCUCAGCUGACCUGUAUCUGUCAGCAGUGCAGGCUCCUUAUAGCAGCACCUGGCCUUCAUGCUUGUUUUCUGGGCAGUAAAAAGCACAUUGUUGGCAUUUCAGUAGCUACAAGCAAUAUAACCCUACAAAGGUAACCAGCUGAGAAUAAAUUUGGCCAAAAAACUUUAGAAGAUUCUCAUACUUCACUGCAAAAUUAAUUAGUCAACAUCAUCUAUGAAUGCAAAAUACAAAGCAAAUCAUUAUUUGCCUUUGUGUUUGAAACAAAUUCGUGUGGUUUUAGAUAAUGGGGAAAAAAAAGGCAAGAAAGGCUUUUUUUAAACAUUACAUGUUUACGUGCAGAUGCAAACCACUCGCUUCAUUUAUAAUAUAUGUAGGUUUUCUGUGUGCCUUGGAGGAAGGAGGAAAAAUUUAAGUUUCAUCUCUUUUCAUACGCUGCUCUAGCCAGAGGGGUUUUGUGGCCUUGAAGCACUAAUGAAACAAUCUGCCCACUUUCCCCAAGGUAAGCAUUAGAUUACAUUUCUUGCACAGAGGGAUGUGAUUGAUGGACUGGCAUGUUUAUUAACUAGUUACCUAUCUCGCUUGCCAGAAGCUGGGCAGAAGCGUAGUUGUUGAGCUGCUGAGCCUGAAGUUCAACUUUUUCAGUUCUUAGACCAUUUCUCUAGCUUUAUCACUCACCUUAUCAUUUUUCCCCAAUUAAUAUACCCUUACAUCAGUGGCUCUUAUUAAUAUUUUCAGCUGAGCGCUGACUUUGUACAUCUUUGUACAAUUUCAUAGCUUUGUUCAAUUUUAAAUUGAACAGCUUCAGUUUAAGUUCCUACUGCCUGUUAGAGCAGUUGAUCUACCACACCGUCAGUUGGGCUGAUUUCCCAUGGCAGCCCUUACGACAGGGACCAGGGGACAGGCCUGCACAUCAGCUUCCCCUCUUCACAAAGCAGAAAAUUCAAACCAACUUACAACGGUUUUUACGGUUUGAAAACAGACGUUCCACCUAGUAAACAGGCAUGCUGAGGGUCCCAUCCCCUACUACAGCCACAUACUGCAGUCACAGUUCAAGCAGCUAAAAGCUUGAGUUAAUCAGAGGACAUAGGCCAUCCUGUUAAUGCUGAUUUGGAGAUUUUGCAGAGAGCCCUGCAGGGAGAGGAGGCUCCUGCACCCUCUAGCACCCCUGUGGUCCAGCUCCAGGGCUGGAACAAAGAGAGGGGUCUUCCAGCCUUCCUCCUCACUGUCGGGUGACCACACCUGAUGCUCAGGGAGUGUGGGGUUCCCACAUUGCUGCUCCCUAUCUGCCCAAGGAC